AUGGGGUUUGUGGGGGUGGGGGAAAGGGGGAAAAUGUGCGUCGAGGUCAAGCAAGGCGGGGGUACAUGCGUGCUUGAGCUAGAUGGUAGAACUUUGACGUUUGAGAAGUUUCGUGAGUGUUGUCUCGAGCCAAACGUUCCGGCCGUUAUUCGAUGUGCUGUUCCCGAAUGUGAGACGGGCUCAAAAGAGGGUUUUGUUUCUUGUUUAGAACGUAUGACGUCACGGCUUGCGCCUAUGAGCCUCAUUGACGCAUAUGGGGAAGGUCAUCAUGUGCCAACAGUGGAAUUCAUGACUGGAACAAACUCUGACUCUGACCAAUUUGAGUGCAUGGAGUGUCGUAUGAGGCCAUUGGGCGAGGUCAUGGAGUGCUGGCGUCGGAAGGAUGGGGUGUUGUAUUUGAAGGAUUGGCACAUGCAAUUGGAGUGGGAGUCCCAAGGGAGAGCCACCGAAAGAACUUCAGUUGAGAAGAAAGCAAUGAUCGAUGGGUAUCAUUGUAUUGUGCAUGGUGAUGGUCUUUAUCAGGUUCCUGAAUACCUGGGCCAUGAUUGGAUGGAUGACUUCUGCCGCUGCUUGGGAGGUGGCGAGGCAAAUUAUUGCCAUUUUGGUGACACAGAGAGUGAUUAUCGUUUUGCAUACAUUGGGCCGCCCUCCAGUUGGACACCCUUGCACUUUGACGUAUUUGGAACAUACUCCUGGUCAUUGAAUGUGUGCGGGGAGAAACUGUGGUUUUUUCCGUCACCGGAAGGUAACCAGCGACUUUUGGAAACUAGUCUUUAUGGUCUGAUGUUGCCCGUUGACAUUCGAACCACUACAGGCACUGAGCUGUGGGCGGUACUGCAGCGUCCAGGAGAUCUUGUGUUUGUGCCCAGUGGAUACCUGCAUCAGGUUCAUAAUGUGAGUGGUCCACGAUUUCUUUUGCCUCCUAAAAACACCUUGCGACCUGACGACGGAGCGAAUCCCAAAAAGGCCAAGGUGUUAGAUAAUGACGACACCGGGAGCGUUUCUUUGGUGAUUUCCAUCAACCAUAAUUGGUGCAAUGAGUGGUGCGUGGAACGAAUGGUGGAGGCCUUCUGUCGGGACGCCAAUCGAUUACAACGACUUUUGACUGAAGAGGACCGCGUCCUGCUUUUUGGUGAAGAUUGCACGGCGUGGCACAAACACGUGGAAAAUUUGCUGAUUGGAGGCACAAACUGGAAUUUUGCCUGCAUUCGUAGUUUUUUGAAGCACAGGCUUGCCUGCCUCAGCAUUCAGAAUGAUGGAAAAGGUGCCGAAGUGGGGUUGAGACGUCUUCUUAAAAAAUGCCUUGCGGAGGUUGAUGCUGUUGAGUUGCGCAUCACUCACACUUGCGGAAGUUGA